AUGUUCGAGGUCCCCAAUGCGAAAAGGAUCAAACGAUCCGACCUCUUCCAUACAGACAACAGCCCGACGGGCUCUGAAGCAGACUCCAGAUCCAGAUCUGCUUCGCCCGCGGAUAUCGACACAGAUCAUGAUGACGGAGAUGCUACUAUAACCGUACCCGACUACGGCUUCGAAUACGACUUCAUUUCUCCCACCGUUGCAGCUAUUCCACCGAAAUCCGAAGCUGUACCAACGACAUCAAAGAAGACCGAAGUUCACGACAAUCAAACCCACGAAGACGAUCAAGAACAAGAACAAGAAUUCCAAUUCCGUCUGUUCACUUCCGCAACUGUAACUGCCCAAACCCAGAAACCAUCUCAAUCUUCGCAACAGCAGUCCUCAAAUGUCGCGAGACCGACCAUCAGACUUUCACGGACUCCUUCUCCAGCACCACUAUCCGGCCAAGACGGUCUUCUGUCCUUGGAUAAAGCGCAUUUCGUCCGCCCCCACCGCCCAGAGACAUAUUAUUUCACUGCAGCUCUACCGGCAGACACAGCGCAGGCCUUGAAAUCCCAGUACGCCGAAGUCGCGGUCUCCACUUCCCACGUGCUGUCUCGGUCCAAAUCCACGAUCUGGCCCGGCAGCGUUCUACCAUGGCGAGUCAUUCAUGUGGAAUUGGUAGCCCCGAACCGACGUGGUCAGGGGACGGUCACUAAGUCGACGGCAGGAAAGGUUUCGGGUCCGGGUCUGGCUUCGAGGUCGACUUCGAGGCCAAAACCGUCCAAGAAACGUCGAAUCGUUCUUCGGCAACGACUAGCCAAGCGCGCCGAAAUGGCUGCGCAGGCUGUUGCAGCGGAGCUGACUGAGAAGGAAAAGCGGACGCGGCGCAAUCGGGAGAAGAAGGUCAAGCGGAAGGAGAGGGAGAAGAUGAAGAAGCAGAAACUACUGCAGCAGGAGGAGGGAACGGGUGCUCAACGUGGAGAUGGAGAUGGAGAUGGAGGAGAUGAUGGUCUCCACGGAGAAACGGAUCAAGGCGAAGACAGAGGUAGCGAGGCUGGUGAUGUUCAGACUGGUGCGGGUCGACCUACAAUAGUAGCAGACGAUACUGUGGCCCCAAAAGCAGAAAAGACGGAUCCUCACCAGCUUCACACGGCCUCGACAUCUGCACGAGCACCGACGGCCACGGCCAUCACCAGUUCGAAAGCAGAUCAUGACACAGAGCAGGUCCUGUCGAGACCUGCCCCAACGGCUAUGCGUACUACAUCAGCAUCAGCACCGACUCGACGAGCUCCAAUAGAAAGAGGCACAGCGCCGACGUCGGUGCAUUGA